GGAUCCUAAACUCUGCCUUCGGUCAUCCAUCUUUCACCUGUUCAGAGGCAAGGCUAAGGAGACCGUCGAAGACAUGAGUUCGUCGGGUGCGGCAGCGGCGGCGACUACCACGAAGGGAGGUCGGGGCAAGCCAAAGGCCUCGAAGAGCGUCUCCCGCUCUCAGAAGGCCGGACUCCAGUUCCCCGUCGGCCGGAUCGCGCGCUUCCUCAAAGCCGGGCGCUAUGCUGAGCGCGUUGGUGCCGGCGCCCCCGUCUAUCUCUCCGCUGUCCUCGAGUAUCUUGCUGCCGAGGUUCUAGAGUUGGCGGGGAACGCGGCCAGGGACAACAAGAAGAACCGGAUCAUCCCGAGGCACAUACAACUGGCGGUGCGGAAUGACGAGGAACUGAGCCGGCUCCUGGGUGCCGUAACCAUAUCCAACGGUGGAGUGGUGCCCAACAUCCACCAGGUCCUGCUCCCGAAGAAGCAGACCGGCGGCAAGGGGAAGGGCGAUAUCGGUUCCGCUUCGCAGGAGUUCUAGGGUUUAUAGUCCUCGUAUAUCCCGUUUGUUUUGUCCGGCUUUGUAGUAUAAUGUUUGCUCGGCUCUGUCUCCAAGAACCCAUCAGGCUUUUGGUUAGCUAAUGCAAAUGUUUCGCCGGCGGAUGUUAUCUGUUGCCAUUUA